CAGCUGGGACGUGGACAUGCCUACCACCCAACGCCCACCAUCCCCCCGGCCGGGAGGUGCAGGCAGCCGCAGAGGCUGUUCCAGACCACCCGCUGUGCUGGAAAACCCCUUUCUCCAGCACCUGGGCCCUGUGCCACCCCCCACUCUCCAGCCCAAGGACUCAGCUGCUGAUAUGACCAGGCUCUUCCUGGGCAGACAUUAUGACCCAGGGCCUGGACAGCUCACCAAAUCGGCUGGCCCAAGCCCUGAGAAGCCUGAAGAGACCACCCUGGGGGACCCCCAGCUGCCAGCAGAGACCAAGCCUCCAACCCCAACACCUCCCAAGGAUGUCAGACCUCCCAAGGAAGUCCUCCCAAAGCAAAGGACACUAAGGCCCAGCCUCUCAUACCCACUGGCUGAGUGUGACCAGACCAGGGCCACACGGCCAUCAUGGCACUGCUGGGGGACACUGCCCCAAGCCCCAGGUCCCUUGGUGCCCACCAGGGCCCCAGAGCCCCUACCCAAGGGGGGCGAGCAGCGCCAGGCAGGCCCUGGGCGUUUUGCUGUGGUCAUGCCUCGCGUGCAGAAGCUGAGCUCUUUCCAGCGAGUUAGGCCUGCAACCCUGAAGCCUCAAGUCCAGCCAACCCAGGACCCCAAGCCGAGAGCCUGGAGUCUUCGCUGGUCCUGCUUCUGGCUGCGGGCAGAGGCCCAAGGACCCUGGCCACGAGUACCCACCCAUCCCCAGUCCUGCCACCUGGGCCCUGGAGCCACCUGCCUGUCCCUUAGCAGGUCCUGGGAGGAGGUCGGCCCCCCAAGCUGGCAGAACAAGAUGCACUCCAUCCGCAACCUGCCAUCCAUGCGGUUCCGCGAGCAGCACAGGGAGGAUGGUGUGGAGGACAUGACGCAGCUGGAAGAUCUCCAGGAAACCACUGUGCUGUCCAACCUCAAGAUUAGAUUUGAACAGAACCUCAUCUACACAUACAUCGGGAGCAUCCUGGUGUCAGUGAACCCAUACCAAAUGUUCGGAAUCCAGGUGGAGCAGGUGCAGCAGUACAAUGGACGGGCCCUGGGAGAGAAUCCCCCGCACCUCUUUGCGAUUGCAAAUCUCGCCUUCGCCAAAAUGCUUGAUGCCAAACAGAACCAGUGCAUAAUCAUCAGUGGAGAGAGCGGCUCUGGCAAAACUGAGGCCACCAAGCUGAUUCUGCGCUACCUGGCCGCCAUGAACCAGAAACGGGAUGUCAUGCAGCAGGUGAUCCAGAUCCUGGAGGCAACACCCCUCUUGGAGUCCUUCGGUAAUGCCAAAACCGUCAGGAACGACAACUCCAGCCGCUUUGGGAAGUUCGUGGAGAUCUUUCUGGAAGGGAGCGUGAUCUCUGGUGCCAUAACCUCCCAGUAUCUGCUUGAGAAAUCCAGGAUCGUGUUUCAGGCCAAAAACGAAAGGAAUUACUACAUCUUCUACGAGUUGCUGGCCGGGUUGCCUGCCCAGCUCCGGCAGGCCUUCAGCCUGCAGGAGGCCGAGACCUACUACUAUCUGAACCAGGGUGGGAACUGUGAGAUCGCAGGAAAGAGCGAUGCAGAUGACUUUCGCUGGCUCCUGGCUGCCAUGGAGGUGCUGGGCUUCAGCAGUGAGGACCAGGACAGCAUCUUCCACAUCCUGGCCUCCAUCCUGCACCUGGGCAACGUCUACUUUGAGAAGUAUGAGACGGAUGCACAGGAGGUGGCCUCAGUGGUGAGUGCCCGGGAAAUCCAGGCUGUGGCUGAGCUGCUACAGAUCUCCCCUGAGGGCCUGCAGAAGGCCAUCACCUUCAAAGUGACCGAGACAAUGCGAGAGAAGAUCUUCACACCCCUAACUGUGGAGAGCGCUGUGGAUGCCAGGGACGCCAUCGCCAAGGUCUUGUAUGCGCUGCUGUUCAGCUGGCUCAUUGCCAGGGUCAACGCGCUGGUGUCCCCGCGGCAGGAUACACUGUCCAUCGCCAUCCUGGACAUCUAUGGUUUUGAGGACCUGAGCUUCAACAGCUUUGAGCAGCUGUGUAUUAACUACGCAAACGAGAACCUUCAGUACCUUUUCAACAAGAUCAUCUUCCAGGAGGAGCAGGAGGAGUACAUCCGUGAGCAGAUCGACUGGCAGGAAAUCACCUUUGCUGACAACCAGCCCUGCAUCAACCUCAUCUCGCUGAAGCCUUAUGGCAUCCUGCGCAUCCUCGACGACCAGUGUUGCUUUCCUCAGGCUACAGACCACACCUUCCUACAGAAGUGCCACUACCAUCAUGGCGCCAACCCGCUCUAUUCCAAACCCAAGAUGCCGCUGCCUGAGUUCACCAUCAAGCACUAUGCAGGCAAGGUCACCUACCAGGUGCACAAGUUCCUGGACAAGAACCACGAUCAAGUGCGCCAGGACGUGCUAGACCUGUUCGUAAGGAGCCGGACACGGGUGGUGGCACACCUCUUCUCCAGCCAUGCCCCACAGGCUGCCCCUCAGCGCCUGGGCAAGAGCAGCUCCGUCACUCGGCUCUACAAGGCACACACCGUGGCUGCCAAGUUCCAGCAGUCACUCCUGGAUCUGGUGGAAAAGAUGGAGAGGUGUAACCCCUUGUUUGUGCGUUGCCUGAAGCCCAACCACAAGAAGGAGCCUGGUCUCUUUGAGCCAGAUGUGGUAAUGGCACAGUUACGCUAUUCAGGGGUGCUGGAGACUGUGAGGAUCCGCAAGGAGGGAUUUCCAGUGCGCCUGCCUUUCCAGGGGUUCAUCGACAGGUACUGCUGUCUAGUGGCCCUCAAGCACAACCUGCCAGCUAAUGGGGACAUGUGUGUGUCGGUGCUGAGUCGCUUGUGCACAGUCAUGCCAAACAUGUACCGUGUUGGGGUCAGCAAGCUGUUCCUUAAGGAACACCUACACCAGCUGCUGGAGAGCAUGCGGGAGCACAUCCUGAAUCUGGCAGCCCUUACUCUGCAGCGCUGCUUCCGUGGCUUCUUCAUCAAGCGGCGAUUCCGCUCUCUGCGCCACAAGAUCAUCCUGCUGCAAAGCCGGGCCCGUGGCUACCUUGCCAGGCAGCGCUAUCAGCAGAUGAGAAGGAGUCUGGUGAAGUUCCGGUCCCUGGUACACGCAUACAUGAGCCGCCGACGCUACCUCAAGGAGCUGAGCAAGCGGGAGGUAGUGGCUGUGGGGCACCUCGAGGUACCGGCUGAGCUGGCUGGGCUCCUGCAAGCAGUGGCAGGCCUCAGGCUGGCCCGAGUGCCUCAGGUGGCCCCUGUGCGGACUCCUCGGCUCCAGGUUGAGCCCCGUGUCACACUGCCCCUGGAUAUCAACAACUAUCCCAUGGCCAAGUUUGUCCGGUGCCACUUCAAGGAACCUGCCUUUGGGAUGCUGACAGUGCCCCUGAGGACACCCCUUACACAGCUGCCAGCCGAGCACCAUGUGGAAGCCAUGAGCAUCUUCAAGCUGAUCCUGCGCUUCAUGGGCGACCCCCACCUGCAUGGUGCCCAGGAAAACAUCUUUGGCAACUACAUUGUGCAGAAGGGGCUGGCGGUGCCUGAGCUGCGGGACGAGAUCCUAGCACAGCUGGCCAACCAGGUGUGGCACAAUCACAAUGUCCACAAUGCCGAGCGGGGCUGGCUGCUGCUGGCCGCCUGCCUCAGUGGCUUUGCACCUUCCCCGCGCUUCAACAAGUACCUUCUCAAGUUUGUGUCUGAUUAUGGGCGGAAUGGCUUCCAGGCUGUGUGUCAGCACCGCCUCAUGCAGGCCAUGGGCCGGGCCCAACAACAGGGCUCGGGGGCUGCCCGAAGCUUACCCCCAACCCAGCUCGAGUGGACAGCGACCUAUGAGAAGGCCAGCAUGGCACUGGACGUGGGCUGCUUCAAUGGUGACCAGUUCUCCUGCCCGGUGCACUCCUGGAGUACGGGGGAAGAGGUGGCUGGAGACAUUCUGAGGCACAGGGGGAUGGCAGAUGGUUGGCGUGGCUGGACUGUGGCCAUGAAGAAUGGUGUCCAGUGGGCAGAGCUGGCUGGCCACGACUACGUGUUGGACCUGGUGUCGGACCUGGAGCUGCUCAAGGACUUCCCUCGACAGAAGUCCUAUUUCAUUGUGGGCACAGAGGGGCCUGUACCCAGCAGGGGAGGCCCCAAAGUGGUGUUUGGAAACAGCUGGGACUCGGAUGAGGACACGCCCGCCAGACCCCAGCUCCAGGAGCACAUGCACAAAGUACCGGACUCUGAUGGGAACAGCAGCCACAAUGAGGAUGGUACAAAUGGGGAGACUGAGGCCCAGAGAGGGACAGCACCCCACCAAGAGUCAGACAGUCUUGGAGAACCUGCUGGGCCCCACAAGGGGCUGGACUGCUACCUGGAUAGCCUCUUCGACCCCGUGCUGUCCUAUGGGGAUGCGGACCUGGAGAAACCAACAGCCAUUGCCUACCGCAUGAAAGGGGGAGGCCAGCCAGAUGGAGGCAGCAGUAGUGGUACCGAAGACACCCCCAGGAGGCCCCCAGAGCCAAAGCCAAUCCCAGGCCUGGACGCCUCCACAUUGGCUCUGCAGCAAGCCUUCAUCCACAAACAGGCCGUCCUGCUGGCCCGGGAGAUGACCCUGCAGGCCAUGGCACUCCAGCAGCAGCCCCCAAGUGCUGCCCCGAGAUCCUUGGCCGCAGAGAAACCCCUAGCACCAGACACACAGCUGAAGUCUGUAGGUACCGGUCCCCCGGCCAAACCCGUGCUCCUGCGUGCCACUCCAAAGCCCUUGGCCCCAGCCCCUCUGGCCAAGGCUCCAAGGCCCCCUGCCAAGCCUGUGGCUGCCCCUGUUCUAGCUCAUGAUCAGGCUUCUCCAGAAACCGCUUCACCCUCUCCAGAGCUGGUCCGGUACUCAACACUCAACUCUGAGCACUUCCCACAGCCCACACAGCAGAUCAAGCACAUUGUCAGGCAGUACCAGCAGCCAUUCCGGGGAGGCCGGCCCGAGGCCCUCAGAAAGGGUGGCGGGAAGGUGUUCAUGAAGCGGCCAGACCCCCAUGAGGAGGCCCUGAUGAUCCUAAAAGGGCAGAUGACUCACGUGACAGCUGCACCUGGCACCCAGGUGUCCAGAGAAGCUGUGGCCCUGGUAAAGCCAGUGACCAGUGCACCAAGGCCAUCCAUGACACCCACUUCAGCUCUGCCCUCACGGUCACUGGAGCCACCUGAGGAACCCAUGCAGACACAGCUGCACCGCCUCAUCAACCCCAGCUUCUAUGGCUAUCAGGACGCCCCCUGGAGGAUCUUCCUGCGAAAAGAGGUGUUUUACCCCAAGGACAGCUACAGCCAUCCUGUGCAGCUUGACCUCCUGUUCCGGCAGAUCCUGCACGAUACGCUGUCUGAAGCCUGCCUGCGCAUCUCUGAGGAUGAGAGGCUCAAGAUGAAGGCCCUGUUCGCCCAGAACCAGCUGGACACACAGAGGCCUCUGGUAACAGAGAGCGUGAAGCGGGCCGUGGUCAGCGCUGCACGAGACACCUGGGAGGUCUACUUCUCCCGCCUCUUCCCUGCCACGGGCAGCGUAGGCACUGGUGUGCAGCUCCUAGCUGUGUCCCACAUGGGCAUCAAACUCCUGAGGAUGGUCAAGGGUGGCCAGGAGGCCAGCGGGCAGCUGCGGGUCCUGCGUGCAUACAGCUUCGCAGAUAUCCUGUUUGUGACAAUGCCCUCCCAGAAUAUGCUGGAGUUCAACUUGGCCAGUGAGAAGGUCAUCCUCUUCUCAGCCCGGGCUCACCAGGUCAAGACCCUGGUGGAUGACUUCAUCUUGGAGCUGAAGAAGGACUCUGACUAUGUGGUCGCUGUGAGGAACUUCCUGCCUGAGGACCCGGCACUGCUGGCUUUCCACAAGGGUGACAUCAUCCACCUGCAGCCUCUAGAGCCUCCUCGAGUGGGCUACAGUGCCGGCUGCGUGGUCCGCAAGAAGGUGGUGUACCUGGAGGAGCUACGGCGUACAGGCCCUGACUUUGGCUGGAGGUUCGGGACCAUCCAUGGGCGCGUGGGCCGCUUCCCUUCGGAGCUGGUGCAGCCCGCUGCUGCUCCCGACUUCCUGCAGCUGCCAGCAGAACCGGGCAGUGGCCGAGCAGCCGCCGUGGCCGCUGCUGUGGCCUCUGCAGCCGCUGCACAGGAGGUGGGCCGCAGGAGAAAGGGUGCCCCAGUCAGGGCCGGCUCUGCUGACCAUCGGGAGGAAGCCGUGGCUCUCCCGCCCUACACAAUGCUCGAGUUUGCCCAGAAGUAUUUCCGAGACCCUCAGAGAAGACCCCAGGAUGGCCUCAGGCUGAAAUCCAAGGAAGGUCGGGAGUCCAGAACCUUGGAGGACAUGCUUUGCUUCACCAAGACCCCUCUCCAGGAAUCCCUCAUCGAACUCAGCGACAGCAGCCUCAACAAGAUGGCCACCGACAUGUUCCUAGCUGUGAUGAGGUUCAUGGGGGAUGCCCCACUGAAGGGCCAGAGUGACCUGGACGUGCUUUGUAACCUCCUAAAGCUGUGUGGGGACCAUGAGGUCAUGCGGGAUGAGUGUUACUGCCAAGUUGUGAAGCAGAUCACCGACAAUACCAGCUCCAAGCAGGACAGCUGCCAGCGAGGCUGGAGGCUGCUGUACAUUGUGACUGCCUACCACAGCUGCUCCGAGGUCCUCCACCCAUACCUCACUCGCUUCCUCCAAGAUGUGAGCCGGACCCCCGGCCUGCCCUUUCAAGGGAUUGCCAAGGCCUGUGAGCAGAACCUGCAGAAAACCUUGCGCUUUGGGGGUCGUCUGGAGCUCCCCAGCAGCAUAGAGCUUCGGGCUAUGUUGGCAGGCCGCAGUUCCAAGAGGCAACUCUUUCUUCUUCCUGGAGGCCUUGAACGCCAUCUCAAAAUCAAAACAUGCACUGUGGCCCUGGACGUGAUAGAAGAGAUCUGUGCUGAGAUGGCUCUGACACGCCCCGAGGCCUUUAAUGAAUAUGUUAUCUUCGUUGUCACCAACCGUGGCCAGCAUGUGUGCCCACUCAGUCGCCGUGCUUACAUCCUGGACGUGGCCUCCGAGAUGGAGCAAGUGGAUGGCGGCUACAUGCUCUGGUUCCGGCGUGUGCUCUGGGAUCAGCCACUCAAGUUCGAGAAUGAGCUGUAUGUGACCAUGCAUUACAACCAGGUCCUGCCUGACUACCUGAAGGGCCUCUUCAGCAGCAUGCCAGCCAGCCGGCCCAGUGAGCAGCUGCUGCAGCAGGUGUCCAAGCUGGCUUCACUGCAGCACCGCGCCAAGGACCACUUCUACCUGCCGAGUGUGCGAGAAGUCCAGGAUUACAUCCCAGCCCAGCUCUACCGUACAACAGCAGGCUCAACCUGGCUCAACCUGGUCAGCCAGCACCGGCAGCAGACACAGGCGCUCAGCCCCCACCAGGCCCGCGCCCAGUUUCUGGGUCUCCUCAGUGCCCUACCUAUGUUUGGCUCCUCCUUCUUCUUCAUCCAGAGCUGCAGCAACAUCGCUGUGCCAGCCCCUUGCAUCCUUGCCGUCAACCACAAUGGCCUCAACUUUCUCAGCACAGAGACUCAUGAAUUGAUGGUGAAGUUCCCCCUGAAGGAGAUCCAGUCAACGCAGACCCAGCGGCCCACAGCCAACUCUAGCUACCCCUACGUGGAGAUUUCGCUGGGGGAUGUGGUGGCCCAGCGAACCUUGCAGCUGCAGCUGGAACAGGGACUGGAACUCUGUCGCGUGGUGGCCGUGCACGUGGAGAACCUGCUCAGUGCCCGUGAGAAGCGGCUCACACUGCCCCCCAGCGAGAUCACCCUGCUCUGACCCA